AUUCCCAUGUGUAGGACUCACACUAUGGUAUUCUGGUGUAAACACGGCUUAAGCCAUGCGAUAGCCGGUAAGAUCACGCGAUGUGAUGUCAAUAUUGAUCUCAAAGAUUACAAAUUCGAAAACGGCGUUUUAAUGCCAGGCUAAUAAAUUAACAACAAAUACGUAACGAAAUCUAGUCAGAUAACUAGAGUUCAUCAACAAAUACCACCGAUAGUACGCAUGCAGGUUAGAAGCUGAGGUGGGGCGUUCAAAAACAAAGUUUACGGAGAUAUAUCGCGUUAUUACUAGUCAGUGUACCGCUCUGAUUAGUCGGUUUGCACGGAAGUGACACGCCAAUUAUACUGUUACUGCAAAAAUGGACCCAAACAUUAUUGUUGGACCCGAAUUGGAACGAGUUGUGGAGGGAAACCUAGGAGAACUCCUCCUACUUCUCUUAAAAACUUCGGAAGAAAAUGUUAUUCAGAUUGAUGCAACUACAGGUGAAAAACUCCUUGCCAAUGAAUUGCUAGUCAGGGCAAUCAAACUGGCUGAAUGGUUUAAAAUGAAUGGAAUUGGUGUGGGGGACAGUGUGACUGUGAGCAGUGAGAACCGACUGGAAUUUUGCAUAGUGCCAGUUGCUGCCUUUUUUGUCGGUGCAACAUUUGCACCCAUCAAUCCUGAUUACACACCACGCGAGCUCCUGCAUGUUUUGAGUUUAUCAAAACCCAAAGUGAUGUUUUGUUCAGCCAGAACAAUAUCCAAAAUGUUGCAAGUGCAGAAUGAUCAUCCCUAUCUUCAAAAACUAAUCCUUUUCGGCAAUGAGACCAAACCAAACGGUCGUGUCGAAUUGUUUAAUGACAUUAUUAGAGAUGCCGAUCCUGAAAAUAUCGACGAGGCAUUUGAGGCAGCCGACUACGAUCCUAAUGAAGUCGUGGCAACUAUCCUUUGUUCGUCCGGUACCACCGGCAUGCCCAAGGGCGUCAUGUGCACGCAUGCUAGCAUGACCGCCUAUGUUGACAUCGCCAGGGCAGUAAUGAAAGACAUGGUGGAAUCUGAAGAUCCAUCAGAUGCCAUGAUGGGUCUAGUUCCUUUUUUCCACUCGUUUGGUUUUAUGUUGAUGUUCCUGAACGUAUUGCGCGGUAAAACUAUGAUCGUUUUAAGUAAAUUCCACACCAAAGUGUUCCUCGAAGCAAUCGUUAAAUACAAGAUUACUCGUUUGAUCGUUCCUCCUCCGGUGUUACUUAUCCUACUGAAGAAUCCUUUGACCAAAAACUAUGAUCUGUCCCACAUUAAAGAAAUCAGAAGUGGAGCGGCGCCUCUCGGCAAAGACAUGGAACAGGAACUCAAGGAUCGUUUUAAGGUGAAGAACGUGUCGCAAAGUUAUGGCAUGACCGAAACCACUCUCGGUAUUUUGAUGACGCCACCGGGUGCUGGUAAACUCGGAUCCUCUGGCAAAAUUGUGCCUGGAUGUGCCGCGAAGAUUAUUGACGAGAAAGGGAACACUUUGGGUGCUAAUAAAGAGGGUGAGCUGUGUUUCCGCGGCCCGCUUAUUAUGAAAGGCUACGUUGGUGAUCCAGAGGCAACGGCCAACACAAUCGAUGCAGAUGGUUGGCUGCACACUGGUGAUGUAGCGUAUUACGACGAUGAAGGAUAUUUUUUCAUCGUAGACAGGUUGAAAGAGCUCAUUAAAUACAAAGGUUUUCAAGUGGCUCCUGCAGAACUGGAAGCUUUGCUCAUCACUCAUCCGUCGGUACAAGACGCUGCCGUUAUUGGUUUGCCGAACGAUGAGGCGGGUGAACUUCCACUCGCUUAUGUCGUGAAGAAAUCGGGUAAAACGGUAACCCAACAAGAAAUAGAAAAAUUUGUUGAAGAUGCGGUGUCACCGCAGAAGAGAUUACGCGGCGGUGUAAUUUUUGUAGAAGAAAUUCCCAGGAAUGCGACCGGCAAGAUUUUGAGACGGGUGCUCAAGGAACGAGCUGUAAAACAAAAGUCCAAACUGUAAUUGGAAUCAAUCCAAUUUUAGGCCAAUUGAACAUUCUUAGUAUUAUUUAUACUAGAUCAUUUUGUUUUUAAUUUUAUUUUUUCUUGUUUUAUGCUAUUUGUACGAUUGUUUUUAUUAUAAUUUAAUAAAAAAUAAUUGUUUUAAUUCCA